AUGCAGUUCAAGACACUCAUCACUGCUGCUGGUCUGGCACUCAGCAUGUCUGUCGGUGGCUGGACUGGAUCCAACCUCUUCUCGACUAUUUUGAAGAACACCGCAACACGCACCGCGUUCCUGAACAACAUGGUCAGCUUUGUGCAGACAAACAACCUCGAUGGUGUUGAUAUCGACUGGGAGUACCCGGGACGCGAGGGCAAUACCUGCAAUGCAUAUGAUCCGGCAAACGAUUCAAAAAACAUUUCCUCUCCUUCCUGCAAGACCUGCGUGCCAAGCUGGACUCGGACAGCCAUGCCUUUCGAUGGUCCCAACGGCCCGAUGAAGGAUGUCUCUGCGUUUGCCAAGGUCACCGACUAUAUCAACCUGAUGCAGUACGACAUCAAUGGAAACUGGGAUUCGACCACAGGCCCGAAUGCUCCUCUGCAGUAUGCCCCAGGCAAGGGUGAGCAGGUCUCUUCUGAGUCUGCCAUUGAUGCUUGGUCUGCCGCUGGAUGGCCUACUUCCAAGAUGGACGCUGGAGUACCUUUCUAUGGUCGCAGUCUGACAGCCACCGCAAACAUGCUGAACAAUCCAUCUAAGAUGUAUGCCCAGUUCUUGCCCACUGUCCCAAAGGGCGACAAUCACGAUAUUCCUUGGGCCGAUACCUGCGCCGGUGGACCCGCCAUAUACUCUGUGGCUCCUUGGGUUCGCACCUGGGACAACACCACGUCCACGCCUUGGCUGUUCAACCCAAGCACCAGCAUCUUCAUUUCGUAUGAUGAUCCGCAGAGUCUCAAGGCAAAGGUCGACUACGCUGCUGCCAAGGGUCUAGCUGGCACCAUGCUGUGGAGUAUGGAGAUGGACUAUAACAACGAGCUGCUGGAUGUGCUGAACAGCUUCCCUAGCGGCGGAUCUACCACCACAGCGACUACCCCAGGAACCAGUUCCACGGCAACCCAGCCUGGAACUACCUCGGCUACCAAGAGUGCUACCACUGGUGUUCCUCCUGUGACCUCGUCUACCUCGUCUGCUCCGGCUACCAGCUCCUCAACCAAUACCGGUGGACCGGUUGCUGGUGGACCUUGCAGCACUGGUGGUGCGUACCAGUGUGCCGACACCACUGGCAAGAACCCGGCUUACUUUAUCUGCAACAGCGGUGCCUGGCUGGCACAGUCCUGCGGUUCAGGAACUGCAUGCUUCCAGUCUGGACUUUCGAUUUAUUGCAACUGGCCCUCGGCUUAA